ACUAAAGUGGUUGAACCCUUGGACUAUGAGAACGUGAUCCUUCAGCGCAAGGUUCAGAUCUACAGUGAUCCCCUCCGGGACCUGCUGAUAUUCCCCAUCGAGGAUGUAUCUAUCUCAGUCAUUGGUCGACAGAGAAGGACAGUCCAGUCAACAGUGCCAGAAGAUGCUCUAAAGAAAGCUCAGAGUCUCUUUGUCAAAGAGUGCAUUAAAACCUACAGCUCAGACUGGCACGUGGUGAACUACAAGUAUGAGGAAUACUCAGGAGACUUUCGGAUGUUGCCAUGCAAAUCCUUUAGGCCAGACAAGAUUCCAAGCCAUGUGUUUGAAAUUGAUGAAGACUUUGAAAAGGAUGAGGAUUCCUCCUCCCUGUGCUCCCAGAAGGGUGGGGUAAUAAAGCAAGGCUGGCUGCACAAAGCCAAUGUGAACAGCACCAUCACUGUUACCAUGAAGGUAUUCAAGAGGAGGUAUUUUUACUUGUCACAACUCACAGAUGGUUCUUAUAUUCUUAAUUCCUACAAAGAUGAGAAGAUUUCAAAGGAAUCCAAAGGCUGUAUUUUCUUGGAUGCUUGCAAUGACGUUGUUCAGUGUCCCAAGAUGCGCCGUUACGCGUUUGAACUGAAGACGAUAGACAAGUACAGCCACUACCUGGCAGCUGAAACUGAGCAGGAGAUGGAAGAAUGGCUGGUCACUCUGAGGAAGAUCAUCCAGAGCAAUACUGAGAGUUUGGUGCAAGAGAAGAAAGACACUGUGGAAUCUGUGCAAGAUGAUGAAUCAGGCACACAGGGAAAAUCAGAGAACAUCCUGGAGAGCCUGGAGAGGAGCAUGCAUCCAGAGCUGAUGAAGUACGGCAGAGAAACAGAGCAGCUGAACAAACUGAGUAGAAACGAUGGAAGACAAAACCUCUUUUCUUUCGACCCGGAAGUCCAGAGACUGGACUUCUCGGGGAUGGAGCCAGAUGUGAAGCCAUUUGAGGAGAAGAGCAGCAGGCGCUUCGUGGUGAGCUGCCAGGACUUCUCCCUCAACCUCCUUGCUCAGCUCAGCGACAGGGCUGAAGGAGGACCCACCAACGUCGAGCCCUUUUUCCUAAGCCUGGCAUUAUUUGACCUGAAAAAUAAUUGCAAGAUUUCAGCUGACUUCCACGUGGACUUGAACCCCCCGUCUGUCCGGGACAUGCUGAUGGAUAACGCUGCAUCCAGCUUGGAGAGCACCAAGGGACGUUCUCCAGGCGAGAGCCUUGUGCACGGCGUCCCUGAGGCUUCCCUGCGCUACAUCAAACGGGGAGUUUUCUCUGUGACCGACCCACAUGUGGAGAUCUUCCUGGUGGCCCGUGUGGAGAAGGUGCUGCAGGGCAGCAUUACACACUGUGCAGAGCCAUACAUGAAGAACUCGGAUCCGGGGAAGACUGCCCAGAAGGUCCAUAAGGUGGCCAAGCAGGCGUGCAGCCGUCUGGGGCAGUACAGGAUGCCCUUUGGCUGGGCGGCCAGACCAGUUUUCAAAGACUCCCAGGGCACUCUGGAUGCUGAAGGGAAAUUCUCACCUCUGUACAAGCAAGACAGUGGCAAGCUCUCAAAUGAAGAUAUGCUGAAGCUUUUAGCAGAGUAUAAGAAGCCAGAGAAAACAAAACUACAGGUCAUUCCAGCCCAGUUGAAUAUUGUCGUCAAGGACAUCCCGCUAGACUUCACAAAUUGUGUCACAGCUUCUUACAUUCCUAUAAAGCCUUUUGAGAAGAGCUGUGAGGACAUUGCAGUCGAAGUGGAGGAGUUUGUCCCAGAAGUUACUAAAUACUGUUAUCCCUUCACCAUCUACAAAAACCACCUCUACGUCUACCCCUUGCAUUUGAAGUAUGAGAACCAGAAGGUGUUUGCAAAGGCGAGGAAUAUUGCUGUUUGUGUUGAGUUCAGGGAUUCAGAUGAAGCUGAUGCCAGACCGUUAAAGUGUAUAUAUGGCAAACCCGGAGGGCAUCUCCUGACCACAAGUGCAUACGCUGCCGUGUUGCAUCACAACCAGAGUCCAGAGUUCUAUGAUGAGAUUAAAAUUGAGCUUCCAAUUCACCUCCAUCAAAAGCAUCAUUUGCUUUUCACCUUCUAUCAUGUCAGCUGUGAAAUUAAUACAAAGGCAACAUCGAAAAAGCAGGACACCGUUGAAACUCAAGUGGGAUACGCCUGGGUGCCGUUGCUGAAGGAUGGGCGCAUUGUCACCCUGGAGCGGCACUUGCCAGUUUCAUCCAACCUCCCCCCUGGCUACCUGGGCCUUGGAGACACGGAGGCACGAAGGCAGCCCAGCGUGGAUGCGAAGUGGGUGGAUGGAGCAAAGCCACUGUUUAAGAUCAGAAUCCAUUUGGACUCCACCAUUUACACCCAGGACAUGCACUUGCACAAAUUCUUCCAGUACUGCCAGCUGGUUCAGGCGGGAGCUAAGGAAGUGCCAGGAGAGCUUGUGAAAUACCUGAAGUGUUUGCACGCCAUGGAGAUCCAAGUAAUGAUUCAGUUUCUACCUGUAAUUCUUAUGCAACUAUUUAGAGUCCUCACAAAUGUGACCCAGGAAGAUGAAGUUGCUGUCAACUGCACCAUGGUUCUUCUGCACAUCGUGUCCAAGUGCCAUGAAGAAGGUCUAGAUCACUACUUGCGCUCCUUCAUAAAGUAUGUCUUUCGAGCCGAGAAACCCAGUGUCACCCAGGCGAAGAUGACCCAUGAAAUCCUGGUCCUUUCCAUGGCUUCAAUCUUGAAGCAGUCGGCAGAUUUUCUAACCAUCAAUAAGCUCCUCAAGUACUCAUGGUUUUUCUUUGAAGCACUGGCAAAGUCCAUGGCAAUGUACUUACUGGAAGAAAACAAAAUCAAGCUGCCCAGAGGCCAGCGGUUCCCUGACUCCUACCAGCAUGCCCUGCACUCGCUGCUGCUCGCCAUCAUCCCCCACGUCACCAUUCGCUAUAAUGAGAUCCCUGAGGAGUCCAGGAAUGUCAACUUCAGCCUGGCCAACUUUCUGAAGCGUUGUUUGACCUUUAUGGACAGAGGAUUUGUUUUUAACUUAAUAAAUGAUUACAUUUCUGGAUUCAGCCCAAAAGAUCCCAAGCUGCUGGUUGAAUACAAGUUUGAAUUUCUUCAAACCAUUUGCAAUCACGAGCACUACAUUCCUCUGAACUUACCAAUGGCCUUCUCCAAACCCAAGCUGCAAAGAGUUCAAGAUGUCAAUCUUGAAUACAGUUUAACUGACGAGUAUUGCAGACACCAUUUCCUGGUGGGGAUGCUUCUCAGAGAAGCCUCUGUUGCCUUGCAGGACAACUAUGAUAUCAGAUACACAGCCAUCUCGGUCUUAAAAAAUCUCUUGAUAAAGCAUGCCUUCGACAACAGAUACCAGCACAAGAAUCAGCAGGCAAAGAUAGCGCAGCUCUACCUGCCGCUGCUGGGGCUGCUCCUGGAGAACCUGCAGCGCGUGGCCGGCCGCGACGUGCUCUACUCCUGCACCGCUGCCUCCAGCCCCGCAUCCAGGGAUGAAUUCAUGUACAGUUUUGCAUCUCCCUCAAACAGAUCCAGCCUGAUUGCAGACAAAGAUCCAGCCUGUGGAGCAGCACUUCCAAAUGGCCAUGGGCUAAAGCGGGAGGACUCCAAAGGAUCCCUGAACUCAGAGGGGGCAACCAGUAGUUCCCCGGAUCAGAGUGAAAAUAUCCGCAGGAGCUCCACGAGGAGCAGUGUGUCACACUGCAGCCGGCUGGACCAGUUUGAGAUCCGGACACUCCUGAUGUGCUACCUCUAUGUUGUGAAGAUGAUCUCUGAAGAUACUCUCUUGGCUUACUGGAACAAAUUCUCCCCCCAAGAGCUGAUCAAUGUCCUUGUGCUUCUGGAGGUGUGUUUAUUUCACUUCAGAUACAUGGGGAAGAGAAACAUUGCCAGGGUGCACGACGCCUGGUUAUCCAAGCACACGGGAGCUGAUAGGAAAUCCCAGACGAUGCCGGCGCUCCGCAGCAGAGCCGGGGGGAUGCAGGUGCGACUCCAGCAUCUGGGCAGCUUGGAGACCUCCUUCACACUCAACCACAAUGCAGGCACCUCAGAAGCAGAUAUUGUGCACCAGGCGUUGCUGGAGGGCAAUAUCGCCACCGAAGUGUGCCUCACAGUCCUGGACACCAUCUCUUUUUUCACCCAGAGUUUCAAGGCCCAGCUUUUAAGCAACGAUGGCCACAAUCCACUCAUGAGGAAGGUUUUUGAUAUUCAUCUGGCUUUUCUCAAAAACGGGCAGUCAGAAGCAGCUCUUAAGCACGUGUUUGCCUCUCUGAGAGCUUUCAUUAGCAAGUUCCCCUCAGCGUUUUUCAAGGGAAGGGUGAACAUGUGUGCUGCCCUCUGCUAUGAGAUCCUCAAGUGCUGCACUUCCAAGGUGUCCUCCACGAGGAACGAAGCCUCCGCUCUUCUCUACCUCCUGAUGAGAAAUAACUUUGAGUUCACCAAAAGGAGAACGUUUCUGAGAACGCAUCUUCAGAUAAUAAUUGCAGUGAGCCAGUUAAUAGCAGAUGUGGCACUCAGCGGUGGGACCAGGUUUCAGGACUCUCUGCUGAUCAUUAACAACUUUGCAAACAGUGACAGGCCCAUGAAGGCAACUGCUUUUCCUUCUGAAGUCAAAGAUUUGACAAAGAGGAUCCGUACAGUGCUUAUGGCUACUGCUCAGAUGAAAGAACAUGAAAAGGAUCCAGAAAUGCUGAUAGAUCUACAGUACAGUUUAGCCAAAUCUUACGCGAGCACUCCAGAGCUCCGGAAGACAUGGCUGGACAGUAUGGCAAAGAUCCAUGUGAAAAACGGAGACUUCUCAGAGGCAGCCAUGUGUUACGUUCAUGUCGCAGCCCUCGUUGCAGAGUUUCUGCACAGAAAAAAACUAUUCCCCAGUGGAUGCGCUGCCUUCAGGAAAAUCACUCCCAACAUUGAUGAAGAAGGUGCAAUGAAAGAAGAUGGUGGGAUGAUGGAUGUACAUUACAGUGAGGAAGUGCUGGUGGAGCUGCUGGAGCAAUGUGUCGAUGGCCUAUGGAAAGCAGAGCGGUAUGAAACCAUUUCUGAAGUGUCCAAACUGAUCAUUCCUAUUUAUGAGAAGCGGCGUGAAUUUGAGAAACUAACCCAGCUGUACAGAACACUUCAUGGAGCAUAUGCUAAGAUAUUGGAAGUCAUGCAUACAAGGAAGAGGCUUCUUGGAACCUUUUUUAGAGUGGCUUUUUAUGGACAAACAUUCUUUGAAGAAGAAGAUGGGAAGGAAUACAUCUAUAAGGAACCCAAGCUAACAGGCCUCUCGGAGAUCUCCUUCAGGCUUCUUAAACUUUAUGGAGAAAAAUUUGGGUCAGAGACUGUAAAGAUUAUCCAGGAUUCUAACAAGGUCAACGUUAAAGACCUUGAUCCCAAGUAUGCCCAUAUUCAAGUGACUUAUGUGAAGCCCUAUUUUGAAGACAAAGAGAUGUCUGAAAGAAAGACUGAAUUUGAAAGAAACCAUAACAUCAAUAGAUUUGUAUUUGAAACUCCUUACACUUUAUCUGGAAAAAAGCAUGGCUGUGUGGAAGAGCAGUGUAAAAAAAGGACCAUUUUAACUACUUUGAACUCCUUUCCGUAUGUAAAGAAGAGAAUCCCAGUCAAUUAUGAACACCAGGUUAAUUUAAAACCAAUCGAUGUGGCUACUGAUGAGAUAAAAGACAAGACUGCAGAGCUGCAGAAGCUCUGCUCUGCAGGUGAUGUUGACAUGAUCCAGCUGCAGCUCAAACUGCAAGGCUGUGUUUCUGUGCAGGUUAAUGCUGGUCCCUUGGCCUAUGCCAGAGCUUUCCUAAGCGACAGCCAGUCCAGUAAAUACCCUACUAAGAAGGUGAAUGACUUAAAAGAAAUGUUCAGGAAGUUUAUACAAGCCUGUGGAGUUGCUCUGGAGCUCAACGAGCGACUCAUUAAGGAGGAUCAAGUGGAGUACCAUGAGGGGCUAAAAUCAAACUUCCGGGAUAUGGUCAAAGAGCUUUCUGACAUCAUCCACGAACAGAUCUACCACGCAGAUACGAUGCAUUCGCCGUGGAUGCACGACUCCCUCCAUGUCUUCUGUGCCAUCAGCGGGACAUCUGGGGAUGGAAGUUACUGUUCACUCAGACCCACUGCUGAAAUAUAAACAUAUCAGUCCUAUUU